CUUUGCCAAACGGCGAAAGACGCAAUCUUUUAUCCUCCGAUCUCACAGAGAUGAACGCCGCCAUUAGAGCAGCGAUUCUCCGACCACAAAGCUAUUCUUCUCAGCUCAAAAUCGCGUUUUUUCAUUCCACUCCUGUCUUAGAACGCAAACGUCGCACUUCCUGGGAAUCGAAAUCAAAUGUUCACAAGAAGAGGUUCAGAAGAAUGAGGGAAAAGCAAGAGUUAUUGCGUAAUGUCAAUGCUUUUGCUGCAAAUAUGUUUACGAACUGGCAUGAUGAGUUUGAUGAUGAUGGUCCCUCCUCCCGGAAGCAAAGCUCGUGGUUCAAAAAACAGUACUCCAAGGAACCCAAAGGAAACCAGAAUAACAAACACGGCCCUUACAGUUGGGGUAAAAGGAAUUUCGAUUUUUGCGAAGUUGAUGAGGACUUUGAAGUGGACUAUGUAUUCCGAACUGCUUUUGGUGGAUCCCGAGGUUUCUCUUUUUCAUUCACCCAUGAAGAGGAUGAACCUCGAUGGCGGCAUCACUCUUCAAGGUUUUCCAACAACUCUAACAGGUCUUGGAGAUCAAAAUAUCGGUUAGAUGAAGAUGAAGAAGAAGAUGACUAUACUUCAGACUCCAGCGACUCUGAGUCUGAGCCAAACCAAGUUUCUCAUAGACAAGCACUUGGCCUGAGUCCUUCAGGUCCCUUAAACCUUAAAGAUGUCAAACAUGCGUAUCGAACUUGUGCAUUAAAAUGGCAUCCAGAUCGUCAUCAAGGCUCUACCAAGGAGGCGGCUGAAGCAAAGUUCAAGCUCUGUAGUGUGGCUUAUCAAUCUUUAUGCGAAAAGCUGUCGUCAAGCUCGAGUCACAUUGGUUUAAGACGCAAUGCUGUGUAUUCUCCGACAGAGAUGAACACUACCGCAAUAAAAGCAGCGAUUUGCAGACCGCAAAGCUAUUGUUCUCUCCUGAAAACUGCGUUUUUCCAUUCUACUCCUGUCUUAGAACGCAAACGCCGUUCCUCUUCUUCGUCGGACGGUCUCUUCACUACAUGUAAAUCAAAUGCUCAGAAAAAGAAGAGAAGCAAGAAAUUUUUGAGGGAACAUCAAGAAGCAGUGCGUCGUGCUGUUGAACAGCUUAAACAAGAAAGAGAAGAGGCCGCUAAAAAAGCCAAAGAAGCUAAAGAAGAAGAGAAUAGCAAACACGGCCCCUACAGGUCGGAACAAAAAAGGCAUUCCAGUUACUGCGAUAACGACUUUGAAUUUAUAUUCCAAAAUUUAUUUAAAGAAUCUCGAGAUUCCUAUUAUUCGACCCAUAGAGAGAAGGAACAUAAUUGGUGGUAUCACUCUUCAUGGUCUUCUAAUUACUCUAGCAACUCUUGGAGAUCGAAAUAUAAAUUCUAUGAAGGAGGAGAAGAAAAAGAUGAGAAAGAAGAAGAAGAAGACGAAGAUGGCUAUGGUUCAAGAAGAUCCAGAGGCUCAGUGUCUGACUCAAUUGAAUACCAAGCCUCUCAUAGACAAACACUUGGUCUGAGUCCUUGGGGUCCCUUAAAACUCGAAGAUGUCAAAAAAGCAUAUCGAACUUGUGCAUUAAAAUGGCAUCCAGAUCGUCAUGAGGAGUCUACCAAGGAGGCAGCUGAAGAAAAGUUCAAGCUCUGCACUGUGGCUUAUCAAUCUUUAAUCGAGAAGCUAGCAGUCAAAUAAUUUUUUUUGUUAGAGUUAGAUAGGUUUUGAUUACUUAGAUUUCUUAUAACAAAUAAUUUCCUAAAGAAACGUUUUUAUUAUGACCUCUGAUCAAACAAUAGACUACAAGAUUUAAGCAUUUGCUAUAUGUAUUGUCAAAUAAUAGCUCUGCUUUUGU